AAAAUUAUCAAUUAAAAUAUUGUUUUUUAAUUCUCUUCCAUUAACUUUGUUUUGUUUAAAAAUUCUUCUAGACUCUCAUUCUACUUGUAUUCGUAUCACUAACUGAUGGAGGUAUACUAAUUUACCUAAACGGUUUGUUAGGUCCAAAAAAGCGCAGUAGAAAUGCAGGAGACUUGGCGCAUAUACAUUGAUUGUAGGGUUCAAUCAUCCCUGCAUUAAAUUUAACAAUAGGUACAAAUUGCCGUGUUUACAUUUUUCGUGCCUUAUAUAAAACGUUAAGAUUAUAAGAAAAGAUACAAAAAAGUAAAACAAAAAAUUACUUAAAAUCACUCGGAGAGUGCCUUACCGUUAAAUGAUUACUACCUUGGAUUACUUGUCUAUUCCCGCUAUAUUAUUCUAACUGGAUUAUACAACACAACAUUAUUUAAUUGUGAAACGAUAUUAUUUCGGGAAUUAUGUUAACAUUAACGUUGUCAUCAGCUUUUUUCUUAUGUUUGUAUAACGUUAUGCAAACUUGUGCUAAUCCCAGCACAGCUUAAGAAUCAGAAUAUUUCCACGCGAUUUGUUGCCUUUAAAUAAUGAUGCAGCAUGCGAGCUUUUUGUACUGUCAGCGCGCCCUUAGAAGUAUGCGCGUCCUCGGCCGAACAGCUAUCACCGGGCUCACGUUUUUUAGCAUUAAGACUUUUAGGCAAUCAACAACCCAAAACUUUAUACUUCCUAGUCGAUGCAAAGAGUCGAGUCAGAGAAGUGUAUACACAGACAUGCCUGCAUUUUGCCACACAAGGCAUGCUCGAUACCGAAUUAUUUGGAUUAGCUGUAUUGAUCGAUGGCGAAUAUAUGUUUGCCGAUCCGGAAAGCAAACUUUCAAAAUAUGGUCCAAAAAGUUGGCGCUCCUCUCACACACAUGGUUUAGACGCCAAUGGUCGACCACUCUUAGAACUACAUUUUCGCGUGCAGUUCUACAUCGAGAGCCCGUUGAUGUUAAAAGAUGAGACCACCCGACAUAAUUACUAUCUGCAAUUAAAAUACAAUGCCUUGAACCGGGAUAUUCCUCGAGAAUAUUCCGAACAAUCUAUGAUUUUACUAGCUGGUCUAGCGUUGCAAGCGGAUAUGGGAGAUGCUCCUUCCUUGGCAACCACGACUGGAACGGCAACAGGCGUUGAGGGAAAUUCAUCCGCGGAAGGCAGCGACGGCAAAGAGGAACAACGAAAUUAUAUAGAUCUACUAGGCAAUAAACUAGGCACAAGAAUUGCAGAUACAACUUCCCCGCCACCAGCAGCAACGACGACAUUGUUAAAAAUUAGUAAACGGGCUAAUAUGGUAAAUGAAAGGGUGCUACGAUUAUCCAGUUAUAUGACAUCUGCAAGUCAAGCGGGCUCUGUGGGUGGAGUAACUACCGUCAAUUCCAUCGACAGUCUAAAAAAAGGUUUGAGUUUGGCAGCAGAACCUUCAUCAACAGCUUCCUCAACGUCAUCCAUUAGUCGAGGACCAAGUAGUGCCUCAACGAAUGCUUCAAUAUCCACGAAUGCUAGUUCGCGAACAGACUAUUUUCGUUUAGAAGACUAUUUGCCUGUCCGUCUGAGAACUGCUUGGGCUUCCAGUGCUUUAAGAGCUUGUCAUCGUGAAAAUCGUGGUAUGCUUACAGCUGAUGCUGAAUUACAUUAUAUACAACAUGCCUGUGUAGUUCAUGAAUGCAUUAACGCUCACACCUUUCGUAUGCGCCUAGCUAAGAACGAAAAUGGUCCCGGCAAUUCUUGGUUUGUAGUCUAUGCAAAGGGAAUCAAAAUAUUUGGCGGUGGUGUCGGCUCUGAAAGUACCCAACAACAGAUAACCUUUCUGUGGCCCAAUAUUACCAAACUAUCUUUUGAACGCAAGAAAUUCGAAAUACGUUCAGGUGAAAGCAAAAUCACUCUCUACGCUACUUCAGAUGAAAAAAACAAAAUGCUUUUGUCCCUAUGCAAAGAGACUCAUCAGUUUAGCAUGAAAAUAGCCGCCCGUUUAAAGGAAGUCAUUAAAAAGGAGGAGGAAGAAAGUAAUUGCCUUCAUGCCUGUUACAUUUAUUCACGCAGCUUGCACUUGCCGCCAUAUAAGAACAAAAAUGAUCAGCGAAUUUCCGUAAUAUCAAGCACUAGCUCCAAUACAACAUCAGGCAUUGUAAGCGAUAGGGUGCAUUCGGAAGACGAGUUAGAAAUUAUGAUUAACUCCCCCCCAGCUCCGAUAGCGGCACCAUCAACCGAAAGCUUGGCCUUAGCUCAUCUGCUCGAUAGGCCAAGUGUAAGCCGACAAACUUCAUCAGUUGGUCAAGUAUCAUUAAAAGAUCUAGAAGAGCAUUUAGCAGCUUUAUCCGUAAGACAAGCUCAAAAACAACGCAUCAGUCAUGCCGGUAACGAGUCGCCGACAGAAUUGAGCAACACCUCAUCAGCUGGUAAUUCGUCUUCUACGAGUGGUGGAUCUUUGCCUACUACGGCUUCCCAACGCAACGCUGGAGACUCUUCCACGUCAACGGAGUCGCCUAACUCGCAACACAAUAUAGGAUCACAGUGCUCUUCAACAUGUAGCACCGUAGUAGUAGCUCCUUCCACUUCGGAGAAUCCCAAUUCCUUAGCCACAUUGGCUGCCCGAACCAGUCUUAAUACCACUAAUAGCAGUAUCGGUCAGAGACGCAACUCCACUUCAUCCAGCUUAGAGUUGGGUUUUAGUCAUACAGCUCAAAACUCUACACUCAGUGAACCCGAUUCAACAUGUAUUGAUCAUGACUUUAUGCAAGCAACGCGUGACGAAAACGAAAGCGUCUCUGGUGUAUACACACUGGCACAUGGCGCCCCGCCAACUGAGACUUCGGGUGUGUAUACUAUGCACAGCAGUGAAUUGACGGGUCAGUCUUCGGAAAUGGCCGAAUCGGAAAAAAGUUCCCACUAUGGCAUUUUCCAGCCUAGUAAAAGUGAAAUAAGCGACGACCAUAUGCGACUUGAUCAUUCUAACCUUCAGGAUUCUGUGGACGGAGGAAAUUAUCGAAAUAAAGGAUCCAAAGCCGAAGAUUUUCGUUUACGUUCAGAUUCUAAUAUAAGCACCAGUGGUUCCUUUCGUGGGGAUGGCAGUGAUCCCACGGACAAUAAGCACAACUUAUUAUCGGCCGAAGAAUUGACCGAUCUAAUAGUAGGUCGCGGUACUUAUCCCAAUCGGAAAACAGUCUCAGGCACUCUAGAUUCAGAUUGCGACUACGUUACAUUACCCUUAUCAAUGACGGGAGAAUCGUAUUUACAGGGGCAUCAAGACACAGCACCCACCGAAGAUCAUGUGGAAGAUUUGAUAAAUGAUUUGUUGCCUACGGAUCCUCCGGCACCGCCUCAAAGGAUCGAUAGCAAUAUGCACAAUUUUACCAACAUACGUACGCGGUCACCGCCACCGUAUAACGCGAGGCAUCAUAAAACCGGACUUUGUGGACCGCCCGUACGAACUACAUCUACUGCAAAUUCACUAACAGAAAUCUCCAACAAACCUACAUCGUCCCUCACAACUGUACCUACUCAAGUGCCAUUGUUGUCUACAUUUGCGAACGUAAAACCUUCCACAAUAAAAGUUUCGUCAAAAGCCAAACCGUCAGCAACAGCAUCUCUUGCGGCAGCCUUAAAAUGUAGAGAUCCUCCUCCAUAUCCUACGGCCAAUAAACCUCGACCAACAUCGCUAAUUUCUGUAGCUCCUGCAAAUGUAUCGCUAAACUCAAAAACAACAAGCACAAAUGCACAACUUAAUACUGUUGUAGGUUCAACGGCUUCCCUUAAGUCUGAAGAAAUCACAGCUAGAUUUAUUACAACCAGACCUCAAAUUAACAUCCUUAAGGCACAUGCUAGUAUUGUCAAUGAAAAUGCUAAACUCAGCUAUGCGGCACCCACAAAUUGUUCCUCGGCAACGUCUUCCACCGGUUCGAUAUGCAGUCAUCAUCUAACAAGUCACUUAUCGCAGCACUCUCUUAACAAUUCUAAUUAUGUUAGCGGUUCACAAACUUCCUUAACUAUGGGACAUCAUCUUCAAUCUACUCCAGCCGCGGCGGCAGCAUGGGCAACAGCUGCCGCUGAUAUGGUUGUGGAAUGUGUUGGCGUGGCUGGAGUUUUACCCGGUUCUAUUGGUAUACCUGUAGUGCCGUACGCUUUACAUGGACCUCACAAAAGCUUGUCACCACUACAUCAACAACAAAGCGAACAGAUGAAGCAAUCGGCUCCCCGAACUUGUGUGCUAUUGCCAGUGAUUAAGCCACGCCAAUAUUUGCCGCCACCACCACCAAGCCUGCCACGUCAACCGCCUCCUCCACCGCCUACUCAAUUUGCUGGCCUUUAUCCAAAUCAAUUAGCUCGCAAACAAUUAGAGUUGUACCAACAACAACUGUGCAGUGAUGUUGACUAUGUAAUUUAUCCUUUGCAGGAUCCAGCCGUUAGUCAACAGGAAUAUCUAGACGCGAAGCAAGGUUCCUUAUUGGCUGCUAUGGCUCAAAAUCCCCCUCCGCACCCGCACUCCUAUUUAGCAGCCUAUCACCAUGCCGCUGCUUCGGGAGCUUGGGAGACUUGUAAAGGGCAUGCUAUUUAUCGUAGUACACCCUACUUGCCGCUAGCUUUGUCGACACAUUCGCGAUACGCUUCAACACAAAACCUUUCUGAUACGUACGUACAGCUACCGAGUCCCUACUCGCCCAUGUACAGUCCAUCGAUGGCCAGUUUAUGUUCAUCGUAUGAGCCCCCUCCCCCACCUCCUUUACAUCCGGCAGCAGCUUUAGCAGCGGCGGCUGUAACCGCUAAUAUUAACGCAGGCUCUGGGCCCCUCUUCGCAAGGUCGCGUUCAGAUGACAAUAUUCUGAACUCGCUCGAUUCGUUGCCGAAAGUAAAAAGACUACCGCCACCUCCACCACCUCCUUAUGUAGAUAGAAGAUUAAAGAAACCACCAAUGCCAGCACCUACUGAAAAACCACCUCCAAUUCCCACAAAGCCAAUACCAAACGUAAACAGCGUAAGUCAACGCGUAGAAAUGAUUACAUCAUCGAGAACCACUGCGUUACGAACCCAUCAAUUGCCCCCUCGUAAACCGAUGACUUUGACAGGUAGAAACGCUGGUGGCCAUAUGACGAAGACAUCCAGCGGCGCACAAUGGGCGGGAGAGAGGCCCAAGCCAAACACGGGUCUAGGUAAUAAUCAAAGCAGCAGCAUAUUGGCCCAACUGCAAGCUUCAGCAGCGGUUGCCCAUCAUCGUGCACAGACUACAAAGGAAUCGAACAUAAACCAUAGCAAUGCUGGAACAGCUACUACACCAAUAUCAGCACCAGCCAAUGAAUUAGACAUUGCCCUGCUAAGAGAGAAAAGUAAACAUUUAGAUUUACCUUUAAUAUCGGCCCUUUGCAAUGAUCGUUCUUUACUCAAGCAAACUAAGGUGCUAAUAAAUCCGCGGUCCACACUAAGGCAGGCUACAAAUUGUUCAAACACUAAUUCAACGGCUUUCACAACUGUCACCAGUGGUCUAACAACUCUAGAAACAGCUUCAUCUAGUACUAGCAUAAGUAAAGGCGGAAGUUUGCUAGUCAAUGGCGCUGCUACCACCACAUCUAAUGGCAGUACAACAACAAUAGUAGGAGGGACUACAAUGUCACCAAUGACCAACAGGAAACUAUUGGCGGCUAACAGUACAGGAAAGUCACGUAAAACUUCUAUUAGUCAUCGUCAUCCCAAUGACAAGCUACCGCCAUUACCCAUGCAAUUGGCUGAAGCUAAUAACUACGUCAUGGAUCCAGCUAUAUUGAAACACCACAAGAGUUACAAUUCUCAUACAUAAAUAAAUGACAACAAAUACAUGCUAAGGGCGGCAUUCAUAAUAUUAUUAUGCAAUCUCGUAUAAUUCAAUUCAUUUAAUAUAUGAAAGGUAUUCGUUUUCGCUUGAAAGGUAAAUUUUAUUGAUUAAAAAGAAAAGGCAUUUGAGUGACAACUGACCAGAGAAGUUAUAAUGGCUUUCAUCGCAGUGAGUUUUAGAAUAAUGAUAAACUAUUUUACAAACAUGAUUACUUCACUUUAUACUAAAAGAAAAGCCAAUCAAUCCAGUUUUGUGGUGGAAAAUUAAAAUGUUCAUUAACACAUUGGAUAAAGCAAUAGCAAAAAAUUUAUAUUUUUUAUCUUUUCACAAUUUCUGCGAACUUAAAUAAUUUAGAUAAAUGGGAGGGAGGGAGAAAAGUCAGUUGUUAUUAAAGUCUUCUUUUUCUUCUUCUUCUUAUAUGCAUAAAUUCAAGAAAUUUCUACUUGUCUUGACGAUACCCAAUCCUUUAUUCUUUACAUUUCUGAUAAUUUUCGAAAUUUGUCUUAUGUUAGUUUAAAUAACAAUGACACUCUUCUUUCCAUAGCAAAAAAAUGUUCAAGUUUUUUUCGGAAGACACUCCUAUUGUAUUUACGAGUAAUCAGUAAAAUAUUCACAAUCAACACCUUGAUUUCAAAUACCUGCUUUCUCUAAAUAGAAUUGAAAUAAUGCGAUACUAAUAGAUGCAAGUCAAAUCUAACCCGAUGAUGAUAUAUAUCACAAACCGAUCUUAGACAAUUCGACCAUUGAUUUUACUGCAGUCCUGUUGAACAAUGUUUUUGAAAGAAAAUAAACGAUUAUAAUAGAAAGAGAGCUUCUCUUCUACCAUCCAGGCCAACCUUAGACCUUUGCCUUAUAUGAUUCUCUAGGUUGCCAAUCGGCACUAAAACAACGUACAUAGACCUAAACUGUGUUUUAUCUACAGCAGGAAUUACUUAUAAUCGUCCGAAAUUAUAAAGCAACCUUUUUAAAAUCGAUUUGCUGCACUUAUCCUCUUGAUUGGACUGUUAAACGCCUUGCUAAAUUAUCUAUUGGUCAGAUAAUCGUAUUGUCCUUAAAAAUGAAAAAAGCGGAAAACGCAAAAACAAACUCAGGACGCACGUUCUUACCUUUGCAAUAAUUGCUGGAGGUUUUCUUACGAAGAGACCUUCGAUAGCCUCACUGAACUCCUUUCUUUUUGAGAAAAUCGGAUUUCUCUUAAAAUACCGAAACCAAACAGUUUUUGAAUGUGAUGAAGGCAACGAAGACAAUGAAUUUCAGAGAGAUUUGGAAGAACACUUUAUUUUUUUACCACAGUAGAACAACAUGUAACAUGACGGUCUCACAAUCUUUUAAUGACGUACAUACCAUCAAGGUAGCCUCAAUAAUAUGCCUGUUGCAAAUGAAAUCUCUGCCCAUUAGAUAGAAAAAUAAGUUCGUAGGUCUUACAAAGCCACACAUAAUUAGAGGUCAAGGCACAUGACUUGACGCCAUCUUCAAGGAAAUAGGACAUUUUGUUUAGGGUAUAGACAAAUCUAGACACAUGUUUCUUUUAAGACAAUAAACUGAUAUAGAAAACCUCGCACAACAAGGAUGGUAAUGCCAACUAUAGAUCGAUUUAGGAGCAAAAAAAAAAAACAGAAAAUUGUUCAGCAAAUAGUUUUCGGAUAUUAGUGGCCGCGCUCAGUUGUUUAUAGCUAGUGACUUAAAACGGCUGUCUGUAUCAAUUGAAAGGCACUUUUAAUUACUGAACAAUUUUUAUUUAUUUAAAAGAACUUUGUUAGACUUUUGUAUAACUGACUUUUCGGCGUAAGUAAAAUGAUUUUCAAUUUUCCUUUUCUACGCUCUUCUUCGUUUAUAUUUUUUCUUUAUUUCUUUUUUACUUUUUUUUUUUUUUUUUUUUUUUGUAAAGGAAUCCGUGUAAAGAGUAACGAAAAACCGACCAUUUAUUACAUGUGACAGAUAGGAAAAAAAACCUUAAUUAUAGCAUUAAUACUAUACAUUAAAUAAGGUGAUAAAGGAAAAAGGGAGAAAAAAACCGACAAUUAAGUAAAAAGCCAGAGAAAGUAAAACUAAUACUAACCUCAAAUCAAACCGAAAACUUAACUAAAUCUAGUCACUUUUAGGAAGCGAAAGCAUAAAAGCAUGGAAAACAAAAACAAAAAAAGAAAAAAAAAAAACAAUCUAAUAAUUAACGCGCACAUAAACACACAAUACUCAAGUAUAAAAUACGGAUUAUUUCAAAUAAUUUAAAACAACUAAUUUAAAAAA